AUGUGCCAAACCCUCACCGCCGCACCUCACCCCCAAAAAUUUCCUCAGGAGAUCGACGAAAACCCUAGCCGCCGCAUCCACUCGAGCCCUCAGCACAACCUAAAACCAACACCACCUCCAAAUUCGGCCUCUUCCUCGCAUGCAUCGGCUUCUUUGUCGUCACCAUUGACGCAGACAUCGACCCCUGCAACUUCGAACUUCUCCUCAACCUCGAGAACCGCGUCAAAUACACCAUCUUCGAGGUCUUCAAUAGCGAUGAGCCAAGGCUUGGAGAAGAAGUUGGAUCAGGAGGAUUGGGGCAUUUCUUCUUCGAUUUCCCCAAUUGCUUGA